CUCGCUCCUUCUCCUAUUUCGUACAUCUCCAUCGCCUCUCAUGCGAACCGUCGUCUUAUAUUCCCUCUUCUUUUUUUUUCCACUGCGUCAUAUAUUCCCUCCUCUUUUUUCCACUGCGUCAUAUAUUCGAACACCUAAAAGACGUGAUCCACACUCACAAGAAAGAACCCGCUCCUCCUCUUCCGACUCUCCUCUCCGAAAGCUAAGUAGUUGUCGAGAAAGAGAUGGACGGGAGCUCGGCAAAGCGGUCAUCGUCAUCUUACACGGGAUGGACCAUACCGGAGAUUUGGGAGGAGGCGGCCGAUUCCAUCACCAACGACUCCUCGUGUCUCCCGCCGAUCACCUUAGUGUGCGGGCCCGGGAACAGUGGCAAAUCCACCUUCUCCCGUCUUCUCCUCAACACCCUGUUGCAUAGGUAUAAGAGAGUGGGUUAUUUGGAUACGGAUGUCGGGCAGCCAGAGUUUACGCCUCCUGGUUGUCUCUCCUUGCAUGUCAUUGAUAAACAACCCCCAGAUUUGACCAUUCUGAGCCUAAAGAGACCUGAGAGGUUCUUCUUUUUUGGUCAUGUUACUGCACAGAGAGAUCCAAAGGUUUAUUUGAAUUUUAUCCUCAACCUCUAUGAUUACUUUCACAACCAACACUAUAAAUCUGGUGAGCUUGAUGAACCUGGGAACUUAAUCUUGCCUCUAGUUAUUAAUACUUCAGGAUGGGUUAAAGGUAUUGGAUAUGAUUUGUUGGUGGACAUGCUGCGGUAUAUGUCUCCAACUCAUGUUGUUCAGAUGCGUGUCUCCGUUGAGAGUAAGAAUCUUCCAACUGGGUUUUUCUGGCUAGAAGAAAAUGAGAAGACUUCAGUUAAUCUGAUUGAAAUUCCUACAGUAUAUGAACCCUCUACUCGAUUGGUGCUAAUAAAAAACGAUGCUUGUAUUAUCCGAGAUCUUCGACUGGUUGCUUAUUUUAGACAAUGCCUGCCAAGAGAGUUGGACAUCUCAACUUACAAGGAGCUUGCUGAUUGUUUGGCUUCUAUUACUCCUUAUGAAGUCCCUCUCUCAAGAAUAAAAGUGAAGCAUCUCCACCAGCAGGUUCCAAGUAGUGAAGUGAACCACAGCUUGAAUGCUACCAUUGUUGGUCUGGCAGUUCGUUCAUGUGUGCCUCCCUCAUCUGAGCAUUGCACACCUUGGUGUGUUGGACUUGGGAUAAUAAGAGCAAUAGAUAUUUCAAAAGAUCGAUUAUAUGUGAUUACACCUGUCUCUCCCUGCGAGCUGGAGAAUGUUGAUAUCCUUUUACGAGGCUGCCUUGAAACUCCUGCUUGUCUUUUGCAGGUGAGUACCAUUGGUGAUGACUUUUUAUUAUACCUGAACAUGUUCUCAAAGAGACUGUCGUAGUGCUUGAAAGGUGCAUUAUCAUUUAGUAGUUGGAAAUUGUGUCGACCUUGUGUUGACAGAUGAAGUAUAUGUGCUCAGUACCUGAAAAUGGCCUCUGUUUUUUCUUUUGCCUGGCAUUUAUCUUGUAUGUGGUCAGUACAUCCAAUGGACGUCCAGCAAAAAGUUGAGCGGCUGGUGAUCAGUACAUCCAAUGGAUAAUCUCUUCUGAUCAGUUGUCCCAGCAGCUGCGCAAGCAUCACCCCAUGCCUUGGAAUAGAAAUCUGCACUCCAUAUAUGACUGCUGAAGAAGAAUAUUGGUUUAUUAAAGCUUAUUGCCAAAAAGGAAGAGAAAAAGUCUUAUGCUCUUUAUCAAAGAAACUCUUCCAACUUAUUUUUUAUGCAAAGUGGGUACCGCUCAACUCAGAUGCGUGAACGUGAAUGAACGUGCGAUAAUUUGACCCUCUGCUAUGUCUGUAUUGUGGCUGAUAUAACGAGAUGGAGCUUUUUCAAACCUUGUAAACCUGUCACCGUAAGUGCCGAGUAUGAUACAAGUACCCUUCCCAGUGUUUUUACUUUUUUAGGAUGAUUGUAUAAGCAUUUUUUGUUGAAUCUGCAAUCGUAAAUUCAUGUCAGAAUUUAUGGAACGUAAAUUUCUGAUCUCA